CCUCGUCUUCUUCUUUUCUCUCUCUCUCUCUCUCUGAAUGUGAACACAAUCCCUAGUAUUAUUUACCUUCCAGAACCCCAUAGAAGCUUUUAGAUUCUCUGAUAAUUAAAGACUCUCGCUUUCCUAUUCCUCACUCGAGGAAUCGUCAAUUCCACCCUGAAGAUUUCUCAUUUCCCGACCCAAUUCUCCGAUCAAAACCCUAGAUCCCGAUUCCGGCGAAAUCCGACCCCCCAAAAGCAGCUCAAUUCCUCACCGGAGCAUGGGCAAGGUUCUCGUCGAAGCCUCCAGGCCGUCAUCCUCUUCCUCUCCCUCUCCCUUGGCCUCGCCGUCGCCGGCGCCGGCGACGACCUCGUCGACGUUGAUUACCGAGACGGUGAACGGGACGCACCAGUUCAAGAUCAACGGCUAUUCUUUGUCGAAGGGGAUUGGGAUUGGGAAGUACGUGACGUCCGAUGUGUUCAAUGUGGGUGGGUACUCGUGGGCCAUUUACUUCUAUCCCGACGGCAAAAGCGUCGAGGACAAUGCCACGUAUGUGUCGCUGUUCAUUGCGCUGGCGAGUGAGGGCAGCGAUGUGAGGGCUUUGUUUGAGCUGACGCUUUUGGAUCAGAGUGGGAAUGGGAGGCACAAAGUGCAUAGCCAUUUUGGGAGGUCCUUGGAUAGUGGUCCUUAUACUCUCAAGUAUCGCGGCAGUAUGUGGGGUUACAAGCGUUUUUUCAAAAGAACUUCUCUUGAGACAUCGGACUACCUUAAAGAUGAUUGCCUCUCAGUCAACUGUAUGGUUGGUGUUGUGAAAUCACACACUGAAGGGCCAAAAAUAUACUCUAUAGCCUUACCACGAUCCAACAUGGGUCUACAGUUUGGGCAACUACUAGAAAGUGGAAAGGGUACUGAUGUGAAUUUUGAAGUUGAUGGGGAAACUUUUGCUGCUCACAAGUUGGUAUUAGCAGCUCGAUCGCCAGUAUUCAGGGCUCAACUAUUUGGUCCUAUGAAAGAUCAGAACACUCAGUGCAUAAAUGUUGAGGAUAUAGAGCCUCCAGUCUUUAAGGCUCUACUUCAUUUCAUGUAUUGGGAUUCACUGCCUGACAUAGAGGAGCUUACCGGCAUCAAUUCUCAUGGAGCUGCCACUCUGAUGGCUCAGCAUCUGCUUGCUGCAGCAGAUCGGUAUGGCUUAGAAAGGUUAAAAUUGCUGUGCGAGGAAAGUCUGUGCAAGGAUGUAGCAAUUAACACUGUGGCAACUACAUUAGCUUUGGCAGAACAACAUCACUGUUUCCAAUUGAAAGCAGUGUGCCUCAAAUUCAUUGCAACACCUGGAAAUCUACAAGGCGUGAUGAAAACAGAUGGUUAUAAACACUUGAGGGAAAGCUGCCCAUCUGUUCUGACCGAACUGUUGGAAUAUGUAGCUAGAGUUAGUGAGCAUUCUGUAUCUGUAUGCAGAAAUGGUAAUGAAGCUAUUCUUGAUGGUAGCGACAUUAAUGGCAGGCGAGUGAAGCAAAGGCUGUAGUAUAGUAAAAUCAGCUUGUUAUAUGUUCUCUGUGUAGAUGAGGAGAAAAUGGAAACGAGAAAAAAAACGAGGCCAGAGAUUGUUUCUAGGGUUUAGAAAUAUUUCUAAUACUAGUUUCUUCUUAGCUUUGUUGUUUGUACGGAUGGUGAUGUAACUGUUUGUUUGUGAUGUGAAAAUUGUAGCACGGACUGUACGAUU